AUGUGCAGCACGCUCAGCCGUUGCUGUUGUUGUUGCGUGGCCGAGCCGGCCUUCGCGUCCUUGGCCCCGCUUGUGUCGCUCUCCGAGUACGACAUCUGCGGCGACGAUGACGACGACGAGCUCUUGGAGCUCAGCGACUCCACAAGCCCGCCAUGCGCAGGCGACUGGUGCAUUUGGCCAAAGUUCGUCGGCAACGGCAACUGGAAUUUGGGCGCCGACACGGGCUGCAGCUGCGCAGCCAUCAACAGCGAGUUUGUAGGCCCAAAGUUGGGCCGUUUAUUCAUCGAAGGAGCAGAAAACACCGGCUUUUGCACCCGAGAGCCGGGGCCCAGUUUCGAGUCCGAGUCGGUGCGCGAGAUGGUAGCCGGGUAUAGUGCGUGGUUGUGUUGGUCGUUCACCACCACGAUGGACCACUUCUUGGCUCUCAGCGAGUAG